AUGGAGCGGAGCACGCCGGUGAGGAAGUCCCACACCUCGACGGCGGAUCUUCUCACCUGGACGGAGAAUCCGCAACAGGGGAAUCCCGCCGCCGACUCGCCGGGGUCCCGUUCCGGAAUCCGAACUGUCCCGGCAAAGGUGCUACCUCCUCCGUCGUCUCUCGUUGUGGCAUUGCCGCUGGGCUUCUUCUUUCAUGGAGGAUCUGUUGUUCACGUUUCGAUGCGUAAAUGCUGCAGCCGGGAGGGAUCAGGUCGGUGCUGUUUGGUGGGGAGAUGACGGAGGAGGAGGCUGAAGCCCUGCUUUUAAGGUGAAAUCUAAUGUUCUGAUAUUUAUUCCUUCUUGUCUAAGGUACUCAGUCGAUCACUGAUGUCGACUUUAGGUAAUUUGUCGGAUUGGGGCCUUUAAUGUGCCACAUUGUCGCGUGCGAUUUUAUUUGUUGUGUUUUCAUCUACUUUCUACUUCCGAAUCGAACAGUGUGUUGAGUUUCUUCUGUCGGCGAUCCGCUCGUCGUUCCGUUUUUUCCUUUCGUCACAGAGCUCUCUGGUCUUUUAUUGUCUAUCGUUUUCUUCUUUUUCCCCCUCGGUAGUAUUUGAAGCUUUGGUUGUGCUUUUAUGUGUGUAAUAUGAUGAUCUUCGACCUGAUUCCGAAUUACUAAAAUAGGAUGGACGUGUACUGUUAGAUUACGUUUCGUUCAACACGUCAUUAUGACGUUACUGGCUAAACAUACUGAAACUAUUUCUUUUUAUGUUACCGAAACAUCUUGACUUGGCAUUCUCGUUUAUUUCAUGGCGAAUCAUUUACUUUUGCUCAUCUGUAAACGUAUUUAUGCCUUUUUUUGGACUGGAAUACUUUAGAAUCCGGUGAAGAUCCAGAAGAUUUUGUGUUGGACCCGAUGAAAGUUCAUGCCCCCAGGAUGGACAAAGUAUUAUUUUCUUAUUGUAUGCUUUAAAACUGAUUCUAUUUUUGUUUUUCUGUCGUUAUGUUUAUGACGUUUGUAUGGUAGCUCGAAGAUCUCUCUUGCAUUUAAGUUUGUCUCUCAUUAAAAGUCUAUGAUGUGCUAUGCGCAGACAUUCUAAUCCCUUUCCUGUUAUGCAACUUUUCCCACCCCAUUUGGACUGUAUGUCAGAUUCGUGGAAACAUGAAGAACGGGUUGGUAAUUGUUUCUGUGCAUCAUAUAUUUUAAAAAUGAAGAAAAAAUAUUAAUGUAUUGCAGAUUAGUCUAUGUCAUGUGCCUGAGCAAAAAAUAAAAUUUACUGCCGCAAUGCAAGUAAUAUCCUUCCGAAAGAACAAAAACGCACUGCUUUUAAGUGGGUUUAUGUAAGUGUGCACUAUGGAAUUUGACAUGGGUCAUCGCCGUCAAUAUGAAUUAUAUAAUUCGAAUUGUUAUCCUUGGAUCUAACUACUGUAUGUCUAAUUGAUAUCUGCUCCUUUAAUGUGACUUUACUAAGGUUGUAUACCAUUUCCACAUUGUUUAUGCCUUGUCCACAUUUAUGAUAAUACAGACUUAGUUCCAUGUUAUCACACCAAGAAUGCAUUUGGAUCUUGAGGCCUUGUUUUUUUUCUGAUCUUAUGCUGUAGUGCACCUGUUUCUCUACCCGUUCUUCUAAGUGCCUGUUAAACUUAUCGUAGCCUAUUUAUUUAUGAAGAAACCUCUCCACUGCUUUCGUGAACAAGUCCACUUUGUCAGUACACUGAAAUUUUUUGGUGUCUGUCAUGUUUUGUCCAUCUUGUGUGAUUUUAUGUUUCCUUCACACUUAUGCACUUAUGCCGUAAUUUUCAUUGUGUUAGUUUACCAAAACUUCUUUUUGCAAUUACUGACUAGGACGUUUUUCGUAAUAAUUGGUGACAAGAAUAGCCCGUGUAUUCUUGUUCCAUCUUGUUUUUCAAGUUUGUAAAAUGCUAUUGAUGCCUAUCAUUGGAAAUGAAGCAUCUUCAUUUGCCAUCAAGCACAAGAAUUCGUUGCUCACAUCUUCUUUAUUUUGCAGUUAUCAUACCGGGGGGCAAUGAUGUUAUUUUCUCAUUAGUACCAUUUAGAUUCUUUUUUGAUAUCAUAUUAAAGGCCUUGACGGAUUUAAAUGCUUAAUGUUCUUUUCUAUGAUAUGUAUCGAAAUAUUCUUCUUUUUUUCAUCAACAAUAUCAAAAUUUGUAUGACGAUGUGGCAAAAAAAAUAAGAAGAGGAUCUGUAUACAAUCUAAGUGAUCUUUGUACACAAAGUUCUCUGUUCUGUUAUGUUUGUCCGGUUAUUGUAAUGUGGAACAGAAUGACUCUGCAUCACUUAUUAGAUUUUACCCGCAGUUCAAAGUAAGAUUCACCUUGUUCAGCAGAGAUCUGUGAAUAAAAAAUUAUGUAUACGGAUUUACAUUCCAUGCUCCUCAGAUCAGUAGAUGUAAAAACUCUGCAUAGUAUGACUGAUUCUUGCCCAUAGCCUUCAACAAUCACAGCGUUUUUCUAUGAAGUUUUCUGAUCUCCUCUUUGUCAUUUGAUACAGCGAAGUACUGUAGCAUCAUGGUCAUCAUGGUCACUCGAUUAUUUAGCCUCUAUGAGGCAAAUAUAGUGAGGGUUUCUAAUGCUAGUUGCUUCAAAACAGGUGAUGGAGGGUAUUUAAUUAUUAAGGCAUGCAAACAUGCUGGUGAUGUUUAUAAUCAGAGGAUCACUUUUUAAGUGAUCAGCAUCGAACUCUCCUAAAUAGAUAGAUUCAAAUACAUUCACUUAUGUAUCAGCUUUACCUUAUACAGAUCUGAUCUCCUUGCACUGUUAACCUACAGGAAGCAGUGUUCGGGCUCUAAGUGGAAAGAAAUGACUGGCAGUGGCAUAUUUGCCGGAGACAAUGGUGACGAAUCAACUGGGCAGCAGGUUUACCAGGUAUCUAGUAUUUGCCCAUUGACUCAUAAGAUUGAGCUGUUCAUGUCAGCAAGAUCUUCUUCUUACCAUAUGUGGAAGUGAAGGAUAAUGCCUAGUAUAUUAGUUUUGAGCGGUGUUUAUCUGGUGACGCUAUGCUCGUGCUUUUCGCAGCAAGCAGCCAGCGCCAUCAGUCAGAUAUCAUUCAGUGCCGAAGAGAGUGUUUCCCCAAAGAAGCCGGCUACCCUGACCGAGGUGGCAAAGCAGCGGGAGCUAAGUGGGACAUUGGAGCGUGAGUCUGAUGCUAAACUGAAGAAACAAAUUUCAGAUGCCAAGUCCAAGGAGCUCAGUGGAAACGACAUCUUUGGCCCGCCACCUGAGAUCGUAUUGAGACCACUAGCUGCCCGGAUCUUGGAGAAGGAGAGCAAAGAUGUCGGUGCGCCCGCUCCACGAAGCAUACACACAUCUGUCAAAGUAUCCAAUGUGAGUUAAUUUUAUCUCCUAAUAUCAGGACCAUAGUACUAGAAAAUCACUAUGCAGAUCAUAAAUAGAUUGGUGUUCAUCCUAAAGUUUUUAAAUCAUAUUACAUAGAACAUGCCUUGCUAUUAUUGGCAUCAUUGAUUCUGUGCUUGAACAUCAUCUCUGGACUGAAGUUGCCUGUUUCAGGCUUUCAUUCAUAGAAUCAAACCUCUUAGUGAAUUGACUGACUGAUGCAUGUUGUUGUUGCAUACUCUUGUAAAUCUACGACAUGCUCCCAUUGUUUGCUCUUUUACCCUCUUCUAGCCAGCCGGAGGGCAGAGCAACAUCGUGCUCACCGACGAACCCGUGAUGAAGACCUCGAAGAAAAUCCACAACCAGAAGUUUGCAGAGCUCAGUGGGAACAACAUCUUCGAGGGAGACACACCACAGGCGGCCUCCGACAAGCCGCUCAGCACUGCGAAGCUACGGGAGAUGAGUGGCAGCAACAUCUUUGCCGACGGCAAGUCCACAGCCCGGGAGUACUAUGGUGGCAUCCGCAGGCCCCCCGGCGGAGAGAGCAGCAUAUCCCUGGUCUGA